ACUCGUCAAAAGCAACACUCAGAAGGAAGUAGUUACUGUCGAUGCCAUGAAUGCUAAGCCGGCGCUCCUCCUAUACAACUAUGGAUUAUCGGGCCCACUUCCAGCGAAUAUUGGCUCCUCCAAGUUGAGCUACCUCGCUCUCGCCAACAACAAGCUCACCGGGCCAAUCCCACCAUCAAUCGGGCACCUGCAAGACUCCCUCCUCGAGGUGCUCCUCCUCAACAACCAGCUCUCCGGCUGCCUCCCUCACGAGCUCGGCAUGCUCACCAAGGCGGCCGUGAUCGACGCCGGCAUGAACCAGCUCACCGGUCCGGUUCCGUCAUCCUUCUCUUGCCUCAGCAGCGUCGAGCAGCUCAACCUGGCCGGAAACCGCCUCUACGGAGAGGUGCCCGACGCGCUCUGCAAGCUCGCCGGGCCGGCCGGCCGCCUCGCCAACCUCACGCUGUCCGGCAACUACUUCACCUCCGUCGGGCCGGCGUGCGCGGCGCUGAUCAAAGAAGGCGUGCUGGACGUGAAGAACAACUGCAUUCCGGGAUACGCCAACCAGAGGCGGCUGGCGGAGUGCGCGUCGUUCCUGAGCCAGCCGAAGACAUGCCCGGUGGCGAGCACUCAAGUGACGUGCCCCGCCGCAGCUGCCAAGAACGCGGCGACGCCGGAGGAGAGAAAGGGCAGGGACUACUCCAGCUACGUGACGUACGCUACUCUGCAUGAGUGAGGCGCCACGGUGGCAUGCACUA